UUUUUGCUUGACAGCUGCCGGGUUGAUAACAACAGUUUACCAAUUCGGAAAGCUGUAGUAAAAGUAAUGAAACGAUUAUUGUGAAAAUUUGAUUAUUUUUUGGAACCGGAAGUAAGAAUGAUACAUCGUGUGGCGGAACAAGCUCUGGUGGUGACCCUUCUCUGUUGCGUCUUGAUCGAAAAUGCAACCUGCCUACGGAAAUACACAAAGGAAGAUAUGAUACGACUACGCGAGGAAGUCCGCGCUAUGUUUCAGCACGCAUACGACGGGUAUUUGCGGUACGCAAAUAAAUACGAUGAAUUAAGACCGUUAUCCUGCGAUGGCGUUGAUACGUGGGGCAGUUACUCGCUAACGUUGAUCGAUGCGUUGGAUACUCUUGCGGUCAUGGGGAAUUAUUCAGAGUUUCGACGGGUGGUUAAAUUGCUGGAGAAGAAGUCGUUCGACAGUGACAUUAAUGUUUCGGUGUUUGAAACGAAUAUUCGAAUAGUGGGAGGGUUGAUUAGUUCCCACAUGAUGAGUCAUAAGGCGGGAGUUGAGCUGGAACCAGGAUGGCCCUGUGAUGGACCGCUGCUCAGAUUGGCAGAGGAUGUAGCAAAAAGACUCCUGCCGGCCUUUGAUACUAGGACGGGUAUGCCUUAUGGCACUGUUAACUUAAAGUAUGGUGUUCCGUAUGGGGAAACAAGUGUGACAUGUACGGCUGGAAUUGGAACGUUCAUUGUGGAAUUUGGAGCACUGAGUCGGUUGACUGGUGAUCCAAUCUACGAGGAAGUUGCGUUAAACGCAUUGUAUGCUCUAUACGACCAUAGAUCAUCGAUUGGACUGUUUGGAAAUCACAUUGAUGUUCAGACAGGCCGUUGGACAGCGCAAGAUGCUGGAAUCGGUGCUGGUGUGGAUUCUUAUUACGAGUAUCUCGUGAAGGGUGCUAUCAUGCUUAACAAACCAGAUUUAAUGCACAUGUUUAAUGAGGGAAGAAAAUCUAUCGAUAAAUACCUUAAACGGGAUGAUUGGCACGUUUGGGUUAGUAUGAAUAAAGGACAGGUUACAUUACCAGUUUUCCAGUCUCUGGAAGCCUAUUGGCCUGGAGUUUUAAGUCUGUUUGGUGACACGAGCGUAGCUAUGAAGACACUGCACAAUUAUCAUACCGUUUGGAAGCAAUAUGGAUUCCUCCCUGAGUUUUACAAUAUUCCCAACGCAGAAGCUGGUGCAAAUCGGGAAAAUUAUCCGUUGCGACCGGAACUAAUAGAAUCAGUAAUGUAUUUGUACCGAGCCACGGGAGAUCCGUAUCUAUUAGAAGUUGGUGAAGACAUACUGCGAAGUAUUGAAUACAGUGCCAAAACUCCAUGUGGUUAUGCCACUAUCAAAAACGUUCGUGACCAUCACAAGGAAGAUCGAAUGGAAUCCUUUUUCCUCGCUGAAACAACAAAGUAUUUGUAUCUGUUGUUCGAUCCAGAUAAUUUUAUUCACAACGAUGGCCGGGUUGGAACUGUUAUUAAUACAACCCACGGCGAAUGUAUCAUAGAUGCCGGAGGAUAUAUUUUUAACACCGAGGCCCAUCCUAUAGAUCCGUCGAUGCUACGUUGCUGUCACGAAUUACCCCAACAAGAUCUACUCGCGGAUUAUAGCAAAGAAAAGUUCGCCGGUGAUCGUUUGGAUCUCACAAAAGAACGAGACGCGCAGACUGAACAAAAGUCAAUGGACGGAAUAAAAACUGAAAAUAUCUCUGUUGUGGAGGCUCAGUUGGAAGAUUCGAUUCCUGUUGCUGUGCUAGAAGAACUUGGAGCGAAACUGGCAGAAGCUCGCCAAGCACUGACAAAGAAACGUCUGGAGGAAGCCUUCAACAAAGCACGUCAAUCGCUCAAAAAUCAACAGAAUGAUGCGGCAGAGGAAAAAGAUGUCAACCAUACACUGGCCAAGGAUGACAGUUUGGUAGUCCCAGUGAACAAACCAGCAGAGCAUAUUACACCAAAUCCAACAGUGUCAGCGACAGAAGACCCAGAGAGGAUGACAACCAUCAAAUUGACUCCAUCUGCUCGCGAUCCUGAUGACAAGAGCUCAACGGCACAGUUGAAAUCGAAUAAUGAAAGUCAGGAUGAGCGACCAAAUGUGUCCAGUCACGAAGAUCAGGUAGUUGAAUCUCUAGCUCAGGCCGACGACGAAGAAGAAGAGGAUGUUAGUUCACCCAAGAAGUUUUUCUCGGAGAACAGUUCGGUUGAAGGUGAAAACAUGGCGGUAGCACCCAAACCAAGUGUCGCAACAGAACACCUACAACAGCCUCAGGGCGUUAACAAUACAAUUGCAGAGUUGGUUCAAAAUAUGUUCAAGACUAAAGUCUAUCAAAAGACUAAGUUUGAUCCUCAGGUGUUCCUGAAUAAGAUAAAGCAUAAAGGUCAGUAUAGGAAUGCCUCGUGGGCCACUAAUUAUGGGCUACUCACGUGCAGAGCCCAACCGUUUCUCCAAAGGAUUACACUGCUAGGAGAAUUCUAUUGAACGGUUGUAUAAUAGCAAUAGCCUUGAUGGUCAAAUGCAUAUUAUUUCUUCAAUGUGAA